UGGAUUCCAAAUUCCCCAACCACAACUACGUCAUCAUUACAGUUUGCACCGUCUAAGGAUUUAGAUUCUUUCGUCUUUUCCUCUUUCAUUCUCAUCUUCUGCCUCUCAUUUAUUGCUUGGUAUCAUCUCUUUUGCUCUCUCUUACUUUAUCUGGUGAUUUUAUUUAACAAUUAACAUCGUACCUCUACUAUGUAUCAGUACAAAAUGACUAACUGAUUCAAGUUUUCCCUUCACUUUCCGAUUUUUUGAAUGGAAACUUUGCUGGUAAAUUUCUCAAAGCUAUUGUCUUAUCUGGUUUUUUUAUUUGAUUUCCUUCGAAAUUUAUGACAUCUUUGAGUUUAAUGGGGUGGUUCAAUGGUGGUGAGUAUGCGCGUAUUGAGGAGUUAUCUUCCCCAAGGGAAAAUCACACAAGGAAAAUCUCUGUUCUUCCUCUAGUAUUUCUCAUAUUCUAUGAGGUUUCUGGGGGACCCUUUGGGGUUGAGGACACUGUGCAUGCAGCAGGUCCUCUAUUAGCCCUUUUGGGGUUCUUGGUUUUUGCAGUCAUAUGGAGUGUUCCUGAGGCUCUAAUUACUGCUGAGAUGGGUACAAUGUUUCCUGAGAACAGUGGUUAUGUGGUUUGGGUCUCUUCUGCCCUGGGUCCCUUUUGGGGUUUUCAGCAAGGUUGGAUGAAAUGGCUAAGUGGGGUGAUUGACAAUGCUCUGUACCCAGUUCUAUUUCUUGACUAUUUGAAAUCUGGAAUCCCUGCAUUGGGGAGUGGGGUUCCCAGAACUAUUUCAACUUGGGGCUUAACUGUGGUUCUCACUUGCUUGAACUAUAGGGGUUUAACCAUUGUGGGAACUGUUGCUGUUUUUUUAGGUGUUUUCUCACUCCUUCCUUUUGUGGUCAUGGGUUUCUUGUCAAUUCCAGACUUGAAACCUUCAAGAUGGUGUGUGGCAAAUCUUGAUGAUACUGAUUGGAAUUUGUAUUUGAAUACUUUGUUUUGGAAUCUCAAUUAUUGGGACUCUAUUAGUACUCUUGCAGGAGAAGUGGAAAAUCCAAGGAGAACUCUUCCCAGGGCUCUAUUUUAUGCUUUGAUCCUUGUAGUUCUGGGAUAUUUCUUCCCUCUUUUGAUUGGCACUGGUGCUGUUCCCCUCAACAGGGAGUUAUGGACUGAUGGGUACUUCUCAGAUAUUGCUGAGAUUGUUGGAGGAGUGUGGUUGAGGUGGUGGCUUCAGGCUGCUGCUGCAAUGUCAAACAUGGGAAUGUUUGUUGCUGAAAUGAGUAGUGACUCUUUCCAGCUUCUAGGAAUGGCUGAGAGGGGCAUGUUACCAGAGUUCUUUGGCAAGAGGUCUCGUUAUGGAACUCCAAUAAUAGGAAUACUGUUUUCUGCAUCUGGUGUGAUUUUACUCUCAUGGCUGAGUUUUCAAGAGAUUGUCGCUGCUGAAAAUUUCUUGUACUGUUUUGGGAUGAUUUUGGAGUUUGUAGCAUUCAUAUUGUUGAGGAUGAAGCAUCCAAACGCAUCUAGACCUUACAAAAUUCCUGGGGGAAUAGCUGUAGCAGUUGCUAUCUGCAUUCCUCCGACAAUUUUGAUUUUUGUUGUGCUGGCUUUAUCCACCAACAAAAUACUGCUUAUAAGCCUCAUUGCCGUAGUGAUAGGCCUUGUGAUGCAACCUUGUCUCAAGGUUCUGGAAGAAAGGGGAUGGCUUAAAUUCUCAGUUAGGUAUGAGCUCCAGGAUCUUCACAAUCAAGACAGCAUUCCCUUUUUUGUAGGUUAGAGUUGUCUUGUGAAAAGAAAAUUACUUAAUGAACAGAAUCUGAAUUUGAAAUGCUACAUCUCAGAAUUAGAAUGUUGUAACAAGUAUAUUUAUUUUUGGUUUAAUGUAUCAAUAAGUUCUUAUUUUUGUA